AUGCCCACUGUGGAUGACAUUCUGGAGCAGGUUGGGGAGUUCGGCUGGUUCCAGAAGCAAGUCUUCCUGACCCUAUGCCUGCUGUCAGCUGCCUUUGCCCCCCUCUACGUGGGCAUUGUCUUCCUGGCCUUCACCCCGGAUCACCGCUGCCUGAGCCCCGGGGUGGCCGAGCUGAGCCGGAGAUGCGGCUGGAGCCUGGCAGAGGAGCUGAACUACACAGCGCCGGGCCCGGGAGCCGCGGGCGAGGCGUCCCCUCACCAGUGCCGCCGCUACGAGGUGGACUGGAACCAGAGUGCCCUCAGCUGCGCGGACCCCCUGGCCGGCCUGGCGGCCAACAGGAGCCACCUGCCACUGGGCCCCUGUCGGCACGGCUGGGUGUACGAAACGCCCGGCUCGUCCAUCGUGACCGAGUUCAACCUGGUGUGUGAUGACUCUUGGAAGGUGGACCUCUUUCAGUCCUGCGUGAACGUGGGCUUCUUCCUGGGCUCUCUGGGUGUCGGCUACAUUGCAGACAGGUGUGUGCCCGAGUCUCCCCGCUGGCUGCUGUCGCAGAAGAGAAACGCGCAAGUGAUGAAGAUAAUGGGCCACAUCGCCCGCAAGAAUGGGAAGCUGCCACUUGUUGAUCUGAAGAUGCUCUCGCUCGAAGAGGACGUCACCGAGAAGCUGAGCCCCUCCUUUGCAGACCUGUUCCGCACGCCACAGCUGAGGAAACACACCUUUAUUCUGAUGUACCUGUGGUUCACCAGCUCUGUGCUCUACCAGGGCCUCAUCAUGCACGUGGGCGCCACGGGUGCGAACCUCUACCUGGAUUUCUUGUACUCGGCUCUGGUUGAAUUCCCGGCGGCCUUCAUCAUCCUCGUCACCAUUGACCGCUGCGGCCUCAUCCGCCCGAUGGCCCUGUCAAACCUGGUGGCGGGGGCAGCCUGCUUCGCCAUGGUUUUUAUCUCACACGAUCUGCACUGGCUAAACAUCACAGUAGCUUGCAUCGGCCGAAUGGGAAUCACCAUCGUGUUCCAAACCGUGUGCCUGGUGAACGCCGAGCUGUAUCCCACGUUCGUCAGGAACCUUGGAGUGAUGGUGUGCUCCUCCCUGUGUGAUCUGGGCGGGAUCAUCACCCCCUUCCUGGUCUUCAGGCUGAUGGAGGUUUGGCGAGGCUCGCCCCUCAUUUUGAUAGCAAAGCCCAAAGAAAACACGAUUUACCUUCAGAUCCAAACAACAGAACGUGCAGGCACGUGA